CAAUCAGUAGUGUACGAAUCCUCAGGUAGUUUGCGACUCAAAUAGAAUUAUAGUCCUUAGAAUAGCUUCAGUUUUCAAACUGCUGUCGUCCGUUAACCGUCGAAUGCUCUUCAAAUUCAUUAUUUCUAAAUACUUGUUAAAAUACUAAAACUUAAUUAAUUUGAAAAAAAGACAUAUUUUAUGCAUUUUUAAUAACAAAUUCCUCAGUUAAAAAUUGUGUUGCAAAAGUGCCAAAGAAGGAGAUACAAAUUUAGAAAAAAAAAACUUAAAAAAGUGUAAUUCAAUAUAAAUAUUAUUUUUUAAACUUAUUUUUUGUAAAAUAAAAAUAACUUUAAGAAAUUACUAAAAAUGGCUUAUACCUGGGAAAAUCGUGUUGACUUCGUUGUCCGUUACAUGUAUGACAUCGACAACAAUGGCUAUCUCGACCAGAAGGAUUUCGAAUGUAUGGCUGUUCGGGCGUGUGUCAUCGAGGGCAAAGGCGACUGCAACGCCAAUCGGUUGGCGGAAUACCAGCAUAUCAUGAAGAACUUAUGGGAGGAAUUAUCGGAUUUAGCCGAUUUUGACAAGGAUGGUAAAAUUUCAACUGCCGAAUUCAAAGAUGCUGUCCAAAAAACCUGCGUUGGAAAAAAAUACGAUGAAUUUCCACAAGCAAUGAAAGCAUUUAUUGAAGCCAAUUUCAAAAUGCUUGACAUCAAUAGUGAUGGAAUUAUUGGUAUUGAAGAAUACCGUUAUAACUGCAUUACAAGAAUAGCUGUCGAUGAUGUAGCAUCAAUUGAUAAAGCAUUCGAAAGCCUUUUAAGCGAUGAUGAUCGUAAACGUGGCGGGCUUAAUGUUACCAGAUAUAAGGAACUUUACAGCCAAUUCUUGGGAAAUCCCGGUGCUGACCAUCCAGCUGUUUAUCUAUUUGGGCCUUUAUAAAAUGUUUAAAUAAAAUUCAACUGAAAACCUUUUUAAAUGUCUUCACUAUUGGACAACAAUUUAUUAUAAGAAAUCUAUGUAAAAUUGAUGAAAUAAUACAAAAAUAAAAAUAUGAAUUAAAUGACUACAGAAAUGUCAAUAAAUAAAAGUUCCAAGUGCAAUCGGACCCGAAGGUGUUUUUAAACUGACAUACUGACAUUUCUAUUAGCCGCAUUAAAAAUUAAUAUAAUAAUAUAACUGUUGUUAGGUUCCAAGUAAUAAAAUUAUUUUAGAAAUUAUAUUAAUAUUUAUAUGAAAAAAGUAAAAAAAAAAAACAUUUUUAUGCUUAUAGUUUAUGUAUUUAAAAAUCAACGAAUAUGUUAACGAAAUUACACUCUUUAAAAAAAAACUUAACGCACUUUUUUUCGUUAAAAUUUAAAUCUGUCAAAUGAUAUAAAUACUACCUUACUUUUGUUUUAAAUGUUUUGUUAACUAAACUAUUUUAAAUAGAAGUAUAUUUUUGUUUGUAAUAAAAAAUAUAUAAAACAACAAAUAAUAUUUAUACUGUCAUGUGUCUGUGAAAAUGUUGUAUGGUAUUCAAAUAAUCCUUAUCUAGGUGUAAUAUAAUAAAAUACAUAAACAACUAAAUUUUGUUUCGUAAUUCAUUUACUCAUUGUUUAAUAAUUUUUUAAAUAUUGUUACGUUAUUGUUAAAUAUAUUUAUGUUAUGUUUUCUAAUACAGUUACAGUCGGAAAUUAUUUAAAAAUACUUUUAUUUUGUAUUUGGUUAACACGAAGGAAUAAUGACCAAUAAAUAAUGUUCUGAAAAAUAACAUUAGAAAAACUUAAGUAAAUAACUUUGAAGUUCCUUUGUAAAAUUUAAUAUUUAUAAAAAAAAUUAUUAUUUCCAUUUAAUAAAAAAAAAACAAAAACAUUGAAAUGCACCAGAAAAAUAAUAGAAAAUGUUAAAACUUAAACAUAAAGUAAAUAAAUAAAUAUGUUGUAAUAAAUAUUUGAUUGAAAUGUUAAAUAAAACAUUUACAUAUUUGUGUAACGCUGAAUAAAA